GGACCCUUUAGCUCCAGAGCCACUUUCCUGUGACUUCAGGAAGCGGGCAGGAGACCACCAUCUAGUCAUGCAUUCACUCAGCCAACACCCAAGGAUACCCAUUAUGUCCCCAAGCUGGGACUCCCUCUCCAUCUCCAUGAGUUGCCAGCCCUGCUCCUGCCUUCUGGAUCUCAUCUCCCAUAGGGGGAUGAUCUGUGGGCACCUUUCAGCCCAGACUUCCUGUGCCAUGGACGUGUACCUGCCCCCCACCUUGUUCCAGCCACAGACUUGCGGUCAGAGGUGUGAAGUAGAGAUAAGAGAUGACCCCGCAGGAAGCAGCUCUUUGACCACCCACUUCUCCCUUGAGUCACUGUGCCUUCCAACCCUUUACUUGGUUUCUUCCCCAGAGCAUGCUCGCCGCCUGGACAUCUUUGCCCAAAACCUAGCCAAGGCUCAGCAGCUGCAGGAGGAGGACUUGGGCACAGCCGAGUUUGGGGUGACUCCAUUCAGUGACCUCACAGAGGAGGAGUUUGUCCAGCUUUAUGGGCACCAGAGGGUGGCUGGAGAGGCCCCCAGUGUGAGCCAAAAGAUGGGGUGUGAAGAGUGGGGGGAGUCAGUGCCCCCGACCUGUGACUGGCAGAAGGCUCGCGUCAUCUCAUCCAUCAGGAACCAGGGAAACUGCAACUGUUGCUGGGCCAUGGCGGCAGCGGACAACAUUGAGGCCCUGUGGGCCAUCAAAUACCAACAGCGUGUGGAAGUCUCUGUGCAGGAGCUGCUCGACUGUAACCGCUGUGGGAACAGUUGCAAGGGUGGCUUCGUCUGGGAUGCAUUCAUAACUGUCCUUAACAACAGUGGCCUGGCCAGUGAAAAGGACUACCCAUACCAGGGGAACAGCAAAACCAACAGGUGCCUGGCUAAGAAGCACAAGAAGGUGGCCUGGAUCCAGGAUUUCAUCAUGCUGCAGCCCUCUGAGCAGUGCAUCGCCAAGUACUUGGCCACCCAAGGCCCCAUCACCGUGACCAUCAACAUGAAGCUACUGCAGCAAUACCGGAAGGGUGUGAUCAAGGCCACACCUACCACCUGUGACCCCCAGUUUGUGGAUCAUUCUGUCCUGCUGGUGGGUUUUGGUAAAAGCAAGUCGGUGGAGGGGAGGCAGGCAGAGGCAGUCUCAUCCCGGUCUCGUCCUCGCUCCUCCAACCAAUACUGGAUCCUGAAGAACUCCUGGGGGGCCGACUGGGGUGAGAAGGGCUAUUUCCGGCUGCACCGCGGGAGUAACGCCUGUGGCAUCACUAAGUACCCGUACACUGCCAGAGUGGACAAACCCAUUAAGAAGAACCAAGUCUCCUGCCCUCCCUGAGCCCUCCUGGCUGCCCCUCAGCUCUCCUGCUGUGCCAGUUACCUCCCCACCCA